AUGGAUAAUACGCGCAAGGGACCAUUCAAGCUGGUAACAGUGAACACGGCCCCAGAACGGGCGAAAAAAUUAAUUGGACGGAUGAUCGAGGAAUUGAAAGACCAGUAUUGGAUUCAGUAUCUCGCGAACUGUGAGACUAUCGAAGAAGUUGGGCCGGCGGUCCAAAUGCACCAGCCGAACAUUCUGUUCUCAGCCUCGAUGUGGUCCACCGAGCAAGCAGAGCAGAUCAGAAAGGUCGCAGAACGAGAACGACCAGGGAUCAGGACGCAUGCGAUACCCCAAGGAUUGCAAGACAAGAAUGGCCCAGAUGCUAUUGUUGCGCAUUUGGUAGAUAACGUGCCGCCGUUACUCGACUCAGUACAACUAUGA